GCUUGAACUUCCAACCGACAUGUUUAUUUUCUUGCUAAGGCAGGAGAUUGACACCAGACUCCGCCGUGCCAAUGAGGGCGCGGCUAUUACAUGCCGUCCUGUACAGCUAGGUCCCACGUGUGUAGGGUUCAUGGACACAAGCUCUUCCCACUCGUCCGCCACCUAGCUACGAGUAUUCUAGGAAGGUCGAUUAUCUCCCAAAUGGCGGUAUGUGCUUGCGGCGACGGCAGAGGCAGAGUGCAAUAUGCUAGAUGAUAAAGGUUGUAUUUGCCCGCCCUCAUUCCUAUCGAAGAUCAGUACAACACCAUUCGUUUGAUCUGCGAUGCAUUCUUCUACUCUCGUUUUGUCUGCGCUGGCUCUUUCCAGCCAGGCUGUCGCUGUCAACUUGACUGCGACUGCAGCAGCAGAUGUCGCUGCUGCUAGAGCUUCCGCCCUGACACUCUCCCCAACCUCCAAUGUCAAGGGCAAGGCGUUCGAUCGUUUCGUUGUCAUCUGGCUCGAGAACACCGACUACGACAAAGCCGCCAGUGACCCUAACCUUGUAUGGUUAGCCAAGAAGGGUAUUACACUCAGCAAUUACUUUGGUGUCACCCAUCCCAGUGAGCCUAACUAUGUGGCUGCCAUUGGCGGUGACAACUUUGGCAUGGACAAUGACAAUGUAAACAACUUACCCGGAAAUGUCUCGUCUAUUAUCGACCUUCUUGAGGACAAAGGUAUAUCCUGGUCUCAAUACCAGGAAGAUAUGCCCUACUCUGGAUUCGAAGGCAAGGCCUGGAUCAAUCAACAAACCAAAGCCAAUGACUACGUCCGAAAACAUAACCCCGCUAUCAUUUACGAUGCGAACACCAGCCAGGAAAGACUGGCCAAGAACAAGAACUUGACCCAAUUCUACAGCGACCUUGAAGCCAAGAAGCUGCCGCAAUGGAUGUUCAUCACUCCUAGUAUGCAAAACGAUGGACAUGACACCUCUGUGACCUUUGCUGGUAACUGGACUCGUAGCUUCUUGGAGCCGUUGCUAGAUGAGAAGCAUCAUCAUUUCAUGGCCAACACACUCAUCCUGGUCACCUUCGAUGAGAAUCAUACAUAUACUUCAUCAAAUCGCGUUUUGGGCAUGCUGCUUGGCGACGCAGUUCCGAAGAAGCUCAUUGGUACAACUGACCCUCAAUACUACAACCACUACUCCGAGAUCAGCACAGUCGAGGCCAACUGGAACCUGCACACACUUGGUCGUUGGGACGUUGGCGCCAAUAUUUUCUCUGUCGUUGCCGACCAGACUGGCGACACCAACACUGCAUGGGAUGCAGCUACCAGUGCCAACCCUACGCACUUCUUCAACACUUCUUUCGCUGGUCUUUUCAACUCUGACAGACAAGUUGUCACUCUUCCUCCUCCCAACACCAAGCUUGUCAGAAACGGCCGCAAGGUUCUUGGCAGAAUUGUGCGUACUUGGGGUGACGAAUCACUUCAAAAUCAGACCUACUAUCAGAACACUGUACAGAUCCCUGAUGGCAUGUACCCUCCCCAGGGCUGGGCCAACUAGAGGUUGAUGCUUUUGCGGAAAACAGUCCAUUAAGCCUAUCAUGAGCAAAAAUUCAGACGUAAAACAGUUGGGAACAAAAGCAGAGAGACUCCAGCAAUGAAGACUGCUGUUGACGAAGCUGUGAAAAGGCACAAUCGUUUUCUAUUUCAGGGUCGUUUCCAAUGAGAGAUCGAAAAUCAGUCUGCCUUACUGUGGGCUUCAGAUCCCACAAACUGUUGAGCCUCGUGAUGGUCGUCCAUUGGGCCUGCUAGGAAAAAAGAGGCCAUGCCCCAGUGUUAUCUUUCCUGUAUAUGUCUGUCUUGCU